AUGAAUCCAUUCACCAACAAACGGCCACGCACUCCUCCAGCCACUGGAGGAUCAGUAUUUCCUAAAACUGGAACACUAUGCAAACCAUCCAAGUCAAUGCCUGCUUUUAAACCGUCAGGAUCAUCCGGAUCUGCCUCAAAGAUAUGCGGAGGUGAAACAAAGUCAUGUCUUGGUAAAAACAAAGCUAGCAGCAGCUCACAAGACGGACCUAAAAAGAAAGGGCCAAACGAAGGUUCAUUUUUUAUAAUCAUUAAGAAUAAAAUUGCUCGACCACAACAUCAAGUAUAUACUGAAAUGAGAUUAUUAAAUAGAAUCGUAGUGUUUGAUGAUCCAAUAUAG